UGCUCCGCUGCUGCGUGGUGGCGAUGGCGUCGUCUAGCCGAACCUGCCGCCGCUUUCCAGCGGUGAAGACGCUUGGACAAGGAAGAUGGCUUGCUUUGGGCAAAAUGCAAGCGGAUGACCGCCGUGUUGUCCCGCUGGCAGCACGUGCCUUCGUGUCCUAUGACCAUGCAUUGCAGCCAAGAGCAAAGGCACCACCAUCAGCAGCAGUAGGCUGUGCUGCUGCCUGGAAACAAGCCCUCUCGACAUCUGCCGUGGGCGAUGGCGAGGACGUCGGCAGCCAGAAGGGCAACAACAACCGCAGGGAGGAUGGUGGUGGUGGCAAGGCAGCAGACGACGGGGCAGUUGCAGCAGAGCGAAGAGACGGCAGCGCUUCGGGGGAAACGGCGGCGGUGCCGGAGGGGGUCCCGCUCGAUGCGCGCGGGAUGCCGCGGCCGAAGCAGCGGGUGGACGUGGAGCUUGGAACCUUUCACGAGUUCACCGCGGUCAACAAGACCGGCGGAAAGAUCUUCGAAGCCAGCCGCGAGCUCAUCCCCGAGAAAGACGCCGAGUUCUUCCCGGCGAUGGAGGUGUCCAACCUCGCCAGCGACGGCAGCGCCGCGGCCGCGUCGGAGGUGGACUUCCUCUCGCGGGUGCUGGCCGGGCGCGUGACGAUGGUCGGGCUUUUCCAUCGGCAGUUCGGGUACAGCAUGCUGGAGAGCUGGACCGGGCCGUUCGAGGAGACCUUCGCACGGGGGCAACGCGGGAAUAAGCUACCUUCGGCGGGCGGGAAGACAACAGGGGCGGCACCGCCGUCUGCGUUGUCCCUGUCGUUGCUCGAGUCGUGGCCGCUGCGGAUGAUGAAACCGCUGCUGGUCAGCACGAUGGGGAGGGGCUUGUCCCCGGAGAAGAAGGCAGCGUUCUUCUACCGCUUCGGCCCUACCGAAGAGGUACGCAAGGCCUUGGGGAUCGUCAACCGCCUGACGCUGUACGUUCUCCUGGUAGACCAGAAGGGCAGGGUGCGAUGGCAAGGGACGGGAAAGGCGACUCCCGACGAGGUGGAGUCGCUCGUCCGGUGUGCUCGACAGCUCGCUGCCGAGGGCAGCGGCGGCGGCGGCGGCGGCGACCGCGGGGGCGCCCGCGGGGGAGAGCAAGGAAAGAGCAAGAAGAAGAGAGGGACUAGCUCUUUGAAUGGCACCGCAAGGAGCCAGGAACGCCACCGGGGAGGGCGACCGUAG